AUGAGUGAAUUGAGUCAAGAGGAGAUACGGCGCCGUCGGCUAGCACGGCUUGCUGCGCUUGGAGGUACUGCCUCAACUCCAGCGUCCACCAGCCCACCUGUUACUCCGGGUGCGUCUGUGCCCUCCGCUGAUAUAAUCAAUAUACAGCAACCAUCUCUUCGUUUGUCACCGUCACCUCGAGGCUCUACAGAAUCAAACACAUCAUCUGAUAGUGCCAAUACAAAUAGGGAAAAUAACUUCUCAAAUGGAGGCAGUAAUUGUGAAGUGGCUAAUCAGAAUAAAAUCCCAGCAGAUGGGUUGAUUGUAACUGAAAAAACUGACAACAACUUGCUUGAUGAGAUGCCUGAUACCAAAAUGACAGAUCUCUCACAAACCCGACAGUAUAACAGCUUUGAUUCAAUGGGAGAUGACACAUUGUUAAGUUGUGGCUCUGUUCAAGUUGGAAGUUUGCCGCAAUCAACUGUUGCUGGUUCAGAAGGUGGCUCGACAAGAGAAGAUAGUACCUCAAGGUCUAUAUCACCUCCACAAUUUGUUGAACCACCUCCAGUACGGCCUAGGACUAGUAAGACAUCAGCAAGCUGUUCCCGUCGUUGUCUAUCCAUGGAAGUGGAUGAUGGUUCAGAAAGAAAUUCACAAUCUGAACAGUCACAGCAAGAACCAAUGGAGGUUGAAGAUGAUCCAUCACAAUCACCAGCAAGAAAAAUACACAGGUCAAGGACAGUGAGUUGUACUGAACUCACAGAGGAUCAACUUCGUCAUAUUGUUUCAAAGAUUCUUCAGGUAUCUUGGUCGGAAGACAGUGUUGGAGGAAUAUUUGUACCUACAGUGGCUGCUUCAUUGCUAGAUAAUCCCAAACUCAGCUUAAACGAAUUAGCAUCAGAAGCACUAAUGGAUGUCAUAAUGCAAAUUGAAGAUGGAUCUGAUCCAUUGAAUCAGAAACUGAUUGCAGUUUCUGAAAUCUCAGUAAAACUGAUUGAGGAUUAUGGUGAAGAUAUUUUGACAAGUGGACAGCUUGGUUCUGAGACAAACCCACCAAGUUCUGAUAAAGCAGAAUGUCCUGCACCAACAUUACCUAUACCCAAGGCUAUCCCUACUCAAGGUUUAACUGUUAGCUACAUAUUGAGAUUUUACAACAACAUCAACUUAUAUGAAAGGGAACACCAGAAAAAGAGUUCUGAACCACCUUUAAGUGAUCUUUUACAAAAUUUGAGAACUUUGCUCGUGAACCAUCUGGUAUUAGUUCUUCGGGGGAAAUUCAAUUUGGAAAAAUGCAGAAAAUCCCCAUUGCUUCCAUAUAUAUUGAUUGGCAAUACCCCAAUUGGCCUAAUUCCGGAAUUGCUUCUGGCUACUUAUUUGGAUCAGGAAGCCUUUGAUGAGGUGUUCGUGCCGCUGCUGAUGGGCAUCAGGGAGGAGAUGCGCCGGCGCGUUUCGCCAUUGAACGGUCGCGGGCACGGCUCGCCCCUGCGGGCGUUGCGGGCGCUCUGCGAGCUGCGCGCCGGCCAUAGACACGCGCUGCGCCCGAUAUGCGCGCUGAUCGCCCGCCUGCCCAGCCUCUGCCCCGCCCCCGUCACAACGGCGCCGGGCAGGGAGAUAGCCCGGUGCAGCUUCCUAGGGCCCUUCUUCGCCGUCUCGCUGUUCGCCGAGGAGAACCCCCGUCUCGCCGAGCGCUUGUUCGCGACCGGCUCUGCAGACCGGAGCCUCGCCUUCGCGCUGCAACGAGAGGUGGAGGCCAGCCGGAGCUCCCUGCACACGAUCUGCCACAACAUACUCCUCUGCCCGGAGGCGAGGCAGCCCUUCCUCAACUACUUCGCCGAGCUGCUGCAGAGGAACGAGCGGAGGGUCCGCUUCCGCACCGACGAGAGGUCGCUCGCCGGCGACGGUUUCAUGCUGAACGUGUGCUCGGUGCUGCAGCUGUUGUCGGUUCGCAUCAAGCUGGGGCGAGUGUACCCUUUCUACACGUUCCAGCCCAACACCUGGGUGGACAUUCGCGACGACACUCGGCUCUACUUCACGUCGCAGGAGGCCCAGGAUUGGCUCGACGCCCUUAACAACGAUCCGAACCACAAAUGGCCGGAGGCGAAAUUCCAGACAGUGUGUUGGUUCUUAACGCUUCAUAUGCACCACGUUGCGCUGAUACCCGCUCUGCAAACUCACCAGCGUCGCAUAAGGGCAAUCCGGGACCUGCAGAAGGUGAUAGAGGAGCUCAUGGCCGCCGAGCCCCAGUGGCGUAAUGGCUUCUCAGCGCUGCGAAAUCGCGAGUUGCUCCGCCGUUGGCGGCGCCAACUCAAACGUCUACACAGAUCGAAGCUGUGCGCGGAGACCGCUCUGUUAGACGGCGAUCUGAUGCGCCGCAGCCUGCAGUUCUACUCGUCCGUGUGCGUGCUGCUCACGCAACAGCUAGAGGCGGCGAGGGACGCGGGCCACGCGGCCGGCGCGGGCGGCGGCGCGGGGGCGGGGGCGAGCGCGAGCGGCAGCGGGGGCGGGAGCGGGCAGCGGGCAACGCGCGCGGGCGCGCUGGCGAACGCCUUCCGCGCCACGCCCGAGUGGUACGUGGAGGACAUCGCCGACUUCAUGCUGUUCGCCGUGCAAUACGCGCCACAGAUAGUUGCGGAUUACAUCGAGGAUCCAGUCAUCACGUGGAUCCUGAACGCCAUCUGCCACUCCCGCCUCCUCAAGAACCCUUACCUGAUGGCCAAGAUUGUAGAGGUGCUGUUUGUCAUCAACCUCUCCGUACCGCUCAAACUCAAGAACGUCUACGAAAGGUUCAUGGACCACCCGAUGUCGCAAACCGCGCUCCCCAGCGCCCUCAUGAAGUUCUACACCGACAUCGAGACGACGGGCCAGAGCACUGAGUUCUACGACAAGUUCACCAUCCGCUUCCACAUCAGCAUCAUUCUGAAGGGCAUGUGGGAGAGGCCCAUACACAAGCAAGCGAUCGUGAAGGAGUCUCGCUCGGGACGUCAAUUCGUCAAGUUCAUCAACAUGCUGAUGAAUGACACCACUUUCCUGCUGGACGAGUGUCUUACGUACCUGAAGCGCAUCCACGAGGCGCAGGAGAGCGGCUCCGGCAACGACGCCCGGGCGCGCGCAUUGGCCCAGGACGAGCGCCAAUGCCGCUCCUACCUCACGCUGGCCAGAGAAACCGUGGACAUGUUGGAGUACCUAACGGUUGAGAUCAAGGAGCCGUUCUUACGCGCUGAAUUGGUAGAUCGGCUCGCGUCCAUGCUCAAUUUCAACCUGCAACAACUCUGCGGGCCCAAGUGCAAAAACUUAAAGGUCCGUCGUCCGGAGAAGUACGGCUGGGAGCCCCGCCGUCUGCUGAGCCAGCUCGUCGACAUCUACCUCCAUCUGGACUCGCCGCAGUUCCACGCCGCGCUCGCCGCCGACGAGAGAUCAUUCCGGAAGGAAUUAUUCGAGGAGGCGGCUGUGAGAUUAGCAAAGUCUUGCAUCAAAACGCCCACCGAAAUAGAGCGCUUCAAGGCGCUUGCUGACAACGCAUAUCAAAUCGCUGUUUCAAAUCAACAGCAGAGCGACGAAUUCGCGGAUGCUCCAGAGGAAUUCAGAGAUCCGCUUAUGGAUACAUUGAUGACAGAUCCAGUAUUGCUGCCUUCUGGAAAGGUGAUGGAUAGGUCGGUGAUAUUACGGCACCUAUUGAACAGCGCUACAGAUCCGUUCAAUCGGCAACCCUUGAGCGAGGAUCAAUUACGCCCAGCAUCUGAACUCAAAGAGAGGAUAAUUCAAUGGCAACGCGAGAAGAAAUCAUCG